AACUGUGGUGUUUAUAGUGUUAUUAAGACGCACAGUUCCAUAACCUAAAUGAUAAUUUUCACAUCGCGUGAAUGAACAGUAGCUGCUCCUGUAGUAAUUCAUGGAAUUAAAAAAGUGCUGCUCAACUUUUGUAUUCAGAGAGGAUGCUUAUGUCAUGAGCGUUGACAGUAUGCUCAGUGGCGGUGGCAGCGGCAGCGGCUGCAAUGGUGGGGGGCGUUGGUUUAUGUUUACCAGUCUUCAGUCUGGCUUUUUGGCAGUUGUUAUUUGCCUGGGACCAAAAGAGACUUAAGUGGCUGACAGCAAAACAAGUCACAGCUAAGUCUCCCUGGUGGCUGGUUUUGGAGGGAACCAAGAAGGCAGAGGAUGGUCCUGGGUCCCAGAACCGGUGGAUAACAUUACUUAGAUUUAAGUCAGAAGCAUUUAAGUUUUUGAGGGAAGGACUAUCUGAAUAUGAUUGUUUCCACAAGUUAGGGUAUUUGCGAAAUAGUUUAAAAAACCCUUACACUCCAGGUGAUUACUGUCUUCCUCAGGACCUUCUCGAAUUCAUUUGUUGACGACUUUGUGAGUAGUCUGGUAUCUAGAGGCUCAAAAAUGAGGUCAAGUAAAGACAUGCAUGGCCAUGAUGUAUGCAGAUAAGGACCUUUGAAUUCUACAGACUUGAAUAUGUGCCUUUGGUUUAUUGGCUAUGAAAACACCCAAGUAGCUUUUCUGUGCCUCAACUUUCUUACUAGUUAAAUAGCUCUCAGUACAUGUCCUUUAUAACUUUUGCAUUAUGAGAAAGAUCUUCGAGUUGUGUUGAACAUGCAAUGUGUACUGUGUUGAUAAUAGUCACUUUAGUAAGUGUGAGAGAUGAGACCUUUAGAUGCAAGGGGAUUUGAAGAAGUCAGUGUUGGAAGGCUUCAAAGAUGCACUGUGGGGCUGGGGAUGUAGCUCAGCGUAGAGUGGUUUGUCCAGUGUGUGGAAAGCUCUGCCUUCGAGCCCUAGUGCCAGAAAAAGAGCACUGUGUCUUAUCAGGGGUUGUGUGAGUGGAAAUGUGAUGGAUCUGGGGAGCCACAGGCCAGAUUAGAAAGAGGAGGCCGAUGUGUGGGGAGCUGGGAGUGGGAGAGGCAUAUGUGACUUGGGGCUUUUGGGGCUGGUGAAACAGGAACAUAGGCUCUGAGGUUGACUUGGUGAGGAGGAAGGAGGCACAACACAGCACCUGUGUGGAGACCCAGCCAUUCCCCUGAGUUUGAUGUUGGUCCUAUUUUGUGACGGACUAUGAUCCAACCAUUGAAGACUCAUACACAAAGCAAUGUGUGAUCGAUGACCGAGCUGCCCGGCUGGACAUUUUGGAUACAGCCGGACAAGAGGAGUUUGGAGCCAUGAGAGAGCAAUACAUGAGGACAGGCGAGGGCUUCCUGUUGGUCUUCUCAGUCACGGAUAGAGGCAGUUUUGAAGAAAUCUAUAAGUUUCAAAGACAGAUUCUCAGAGUAAAGGACCGUGAUGAGUUUCCCAUGAUUUUAAUUGGCAAUAAAGCUGACCUGGACCAUCAGAGACAGGUAACACAGGAAGAAGGGCAGCAGUUAGCAAGGCAGCUCAAGGUCACAUAUAUGGAGGCAUCGGCAAAGAUCAGGAUGAAUGUAGACCAAGCUUUCCACGAACUUGUCCGGGUUAUAAGGAAAUUUCAAGAGCAAGAAUGCCCUCCUUCACCAGAACCAACCCGGAAAGAAAAAGACAAGAAAGGCUGCCAUUGUGUCAUUUUCUAAGAGUCCCUUGAGGUUUAGCUAACAACUGCCAGGGAAGCCCUCAUCUCUGCUACCGUUUACAUCAUCCGGUACCUUUGUAGCCUUAGACCGAUGAUCACCGUGUUAGCCUUACACCAAGAAGCUGGCAAAUCCUUUAUGUGAAGCUAAUGUAACGGUCUUACCCAGACUUGUGUAAAGGAAACACUAAGGCUGCUUCAGACGUUAUCUGAUUCCUUUAAAACACAUGUCUACACACACAGAUGCAGUCUUCAAGGGCUUUUAAUAGAGGUAAACCAAGUUUGGAGCCUGAGCUGUUUGCUAAGCUGAAGUCAUAGGUUGGAAAGUAAUUUUUAACUUCUGGAAUCAUGUUGCCUACUGUUACUCUAAAUAGAAAUAUAGGGAAGGUUUUUUUUUUGUUGUUGUUGUUUUUUUAAAUGUGAAUUUUUGCCUAUCUUUAAAACUUUGGUUGUCAACUUUCAUUAACCUUAAAUACACUGAAUGGAAUCAACACAAGUGAGACAUCUCAGACCUUUCCUGAUGCUACGGCUUUUGUUUUUCCAGUGGCCAAAAUACCAAAAUGCCUGUUGUAUUUAUGGAUUAAAAACUGCUGAUUAAGCCUUUGUUAUCAUGCUUCCUUCAAGAUGACAAUAUUCUCUGUGGCCAAAUGUUUGGACUGGUUCUGCACUUGGGUGUUUUGGUGAACUCGCUAUCUUUUCACAGCCGUGGUAAGGGUAAGAGUGGAUGGUUCCUGUCUUGUCUUCCUUCUCAAGUAUUCCUGGUUAAGGGAUUAAAAAAGAAAACCCACACAAGCUAAAGCUGUUUUUGUUUGAUGUAAUAUAAAAUAUGGAAUUGAUCUUUCCAAAGUCAGAGAUGAUUAAUGUUUUUGCUAUAUACUUUUAUACGUUAUUUUCUUAUCAAACUAGUUAACAAGUAUUUUUAUAUGUUUGUAAGCGGAUAUGCUUCCACCUUGUGUAUAUGUAAAGAUGAGUAUUUAAGUCUCACUGUUCACUGUUAACUGACAAAGAGACCAUGGCUUUUGCUUGCUGGCUUGGUCCUUUUUACAUCCACUGGUGGCCAAUAAUCAGAAAACCUUCCCAACAGAACGCAACAGGACGAGAGUGCGAAGUCACGUUCAGUGUCCCCGCUAGAUAUUGACUGUUAUAUCAAGUAUUACGUGUAAAACCUCUACUUGACAAUUAGUGUAACUGUGGAUGGCUUCUGACUUUGUUUUUAACUCUGUGGAUUGUGUUUAAGCAAUUCGAAGUGCGCUCCUGAUUUUGAGACUCAGUGGUAUUGCACAGUGGUCACUUUAUUGAAUGUGUACAACAGCCCCAUGAAGUUUAUAAAGUGGACCCUUGUAUAGCUUCAGGUGCUAGAAUUAAAGUUGAUCUGUUGUCACCAGA